CCUCGAGAAAGCACCAAACACUCCAGCACAGUUCGCCCUAGCCCACCACAAACCACCAUGGUCGUCCAAGGCGUCAAAGCCGUUUCGAGCUCUCGAAACGGUUUGGCCUCCUUCAUCCUACAGUGUAAACGUCUCGACCUACACUACUGCGACUGGGCCGGGUCCAGUCGAGGGAUGAAGUCUUUCCUCACCUCACCCAUGCUGGCGGAUUUCACGUCGAGGUUUCCAUCCACCGAAUUCCGAGUCUCCCCUCGUCCCAACAAACAUCCGGUCCUCAAGGCGUAUUAUAUCAACGGUCGAGAAAAGGCCGUUUGCGUGCGGAACCUGGAAAAGGAACAAAUCUUGCAAAAACUCGAAUUCCUCAUCACCAACUCGGGCAAAAAGAACGAACUCGUCCGUGGGAAGAGCGUGGUCAGCACCAACGAGGGCGUCAGGGGCAUUUGGAGUCCCAUGCACGGUGGGAUCAAGAGUAUCUAACUUUGGAUCUGAGCCCAAAAGCCCAAAGCCUGGGUCCUGGGUCUUCCUUUCUGGAAUUGGAAUUCUUUUUUCAUUUGGCAUCAAAAGAAUUUUGAGAGAAGAGAAGAGAAGAAGAACCGAAAAAAGAAAGGUAGUUUUUCUCCGAGAGCGGACAGUACGACCAGCGGCUCAAAGAUCUCAUCUCACAGCCUUUGCCUCCUUUGUACCGAGGGAAAAGAAGACCACCUAUGUGAGAAUCAUAGACGAUGGGUUGAAGAGACCACGGAGUACGAAGAGCAGGGAAAGAAAAGAAAAAGCCAAUCUGAGAUAUUCGACGUCGUCAGCUCAAAGCGACCGGGGGGGGAGGGGGAAGAGAAACCGGACAAAACACUUGAGACGGACAAGGACACAGUGGCGAAGGACAAGUAACGAGGAUGCGAAACACCACGAUAGAAACUCAUUUCUACGUCGAGCAGAAAUCGUGUGUGGGCAGAGAGCUUCUCAUGGACCGCCCAACACACCACUUGGUCAUGGAUUCUCCUGGGCUGGUACCAACGUUUGCAUUCGGCGAGACGCUUUGGCUGAAAAGGGUAGGGAGGAAACACCUCCAUAAUUGAAACAGGUAUUGGUGGAAUGGUCCCUUUCUCUUUUCAACUGGCCACUAUCUUCUAAAGGGACAAAAACAAAGGCACGUCAGGGUGUCGAUAUUCGCGAAUCGAAAGUCGACAACGGUGGUACGAGUACAGAAGAAGUAUUGUGGGAAAGGAACAACACAAGAUUUUCAUCUUAGCUGUAUGAUCAACGGCAUGGGAUGAUAUCCAGCCCUGGAAUCCGGCUAUCAAAACUGGCUGUCUAGCAAGUAUGCGUCGGCAUAUGCAAACCCCCCAAUGCCCACAACGCCCUCGCUUGCUAAACUGUACAUUACAUGUAAAAAAUCAUCAGGCAUUUGCAAAAGUCAUGAAAUAUCUUCCAGCCUGGUCGACGGGAUCGUCGUGAAA